UCGACUCAAAGGUCGUCAUAAUUAUUACUAUAUCAAACUUCAAAGUUGUAUACAAUGAACAGUUAACAACUACUGUGGACUUUCACAAAAUGUCUGGAAAAAACAGAAAUGAUCAAAAAGUUUCGAUAUCUUCAAGAAGUAUUCAGUUCAUGAUAGCGAUAUUUGGAAUAUUUUCAUUUACACUAGUCAACAUCACAGUUAUUGUGAGACAAUUUCAUCCAAAGUGGAAAGAUUCCCCAAGUUCUAUGAUAUUGCAAACUGGAAUAACUCUGUUUGGUUUCUUGAUAAUCAUAUUUCUUGUUGUAAUAAGUCAAUUGAAUAAAACGUCUGAAAUGUUAAUAGAAGAAGAGAGUAAACAUGAAUCAAUAGAUAAAGAAGUAUUGGCUCGUCAAGAAACAAAAGAUGAUACAUACAUAUUAUCCGUUUAACAUUGAAUUUAUUCAAGUAAUUUAAUUUGUUCAGUUCAUUUCAAUGCAUUAGGUAUCUUAACAACGGUUAUCAUCAUGAUUUAUCAUAUUUAAUAUUUUAAACAUUUCAUAAACAAAUGAAUUAAUAAACUCCCUAAGAAUUCACUAUUA